GAAACGCAUCGAGUUGUUGUUUGCUGACACUUAGCAACUGAUACGUGUUUGCAGUUAUCUGUGAAGGAAUUCUAAGCUAAAGCUAUGUUUAUAUCCUCAUGAGAAUUUGAAAGUUAACGCAGUUUAGAUGAAGUCGACAAAAGGAAAAUGCAAGCUUCAGGGGAGGAAAAAGUAGACAGACCACAAUCACAACGUUCAUGUGCAAAACUCGUCCUCCGCCUCUUAUUUUCCCACGUGGGUCUCUUUCUGUUAGUGGUCCUCUAUGCCGGUUUCGGGGCUUUUAUCUUCGUUGAGGUGGAAUACGAUUAUGAGACGACUCUCAGGAAAGAGAGGCGCAUCAGAUCCAUAGAUGUGAAUGAUUCGAUAGCGUAUCUUUCUGCCCUUUUUUAUUACUUGAGGGACAGAAACUUCAGUGAAUUUAAUUCCAGGGUGUAUGCAGAGCUCAAGAGUUUUGACAAUUUUAUUGUGGGAGUAGUAACCAAUUUCUCCUAUGACGGCACCAUGGAUGAGGAAAACUGGGACAGGGAAUGGACCUUUGGAAGUGGACUUCUGUAUGCUGUAACCAUUCUAACUACCAUUGGUUAUGGUCAUGUGACUCCAAAAACGCAGCUUGGAAAGAUCAUCACCAUUUUGUACUCCUUGAUAGGCAUUCCAUUGACGCUGAUCUUCCUCGCCAAUAUUGGUGAACUAAUGGCGUCUGUGUUUCGUUACCUGUACAGUAGACUGUGCUGUCGAUGGUGCAGAGGUGCCCGUCGUCGCAGCGAAUUUUCGAGAGAUAUGAUUGUCAAAAUGGGAGGCAGGCUUCCUCCAUUAUCCAACGACGAAGUCGGAAAAGAGGAAUAUAUGCCAACUGAAAAAAUUCAAAUACCCAUUACCAUGAAUUUGCUGCUAAUUUCCCUCUUCAUUCUCCUUGGAGCUGGAAUUUUUGCUGUUCUCGAAGAUUGGGAUUUACUUAGUUCUGGAUAUUUCACAUUUAUUACGUUAACGACCAUCGGAUUCGGUGACUAUUACCCUGGAAAAGCAUUUCAAGGUUACAAAGGAAGCAUAUCUAAAACUCUUACUUUGAUGGGUUGUUGUUUCUACAUGAUGCUGGGUAUGGCUUUAGUGAGUAUGUGCAUCAACUUAAUGCAAGAACAAUUAACGCAGAAAGUGAAAUGGGUAGCAACUGAAAUUGGACUCAUACGUCAACCGGACAUCGAAGAUACGGAAGAAGAGAAACCUAUCACUAAUCUUAGUGAACACGAUUCCAGGAAAUCUCUGCGUGAAUGAAAUUUUAUGUUUGUGACAAAUUAGAGAUCACCUGUAUAUUUUUAUGGCUCAAGCAUGUAAUGUAAACCACUUAAUACUGAAUAUAAAAAAUGUUGUUUUCUGCCA